AAGAAGAUAUUUGUUGCUGAUGGCGGGUACUUGCACUUCGAUAAGGCCUCGUCUCAUUGGCUCUUCUUCAAUUGUUGAGCUUUCAAGGUUGAUUAAUCGAGCUGGAGUUCCUUUCUCUGUACGAUUCUCUACAAGAACCAGAGCCCUCCACGGUGGUGGUUUAACCGCACCUACCUCUCGUGAGGAAGGUCCUUCUUGUAUCUUCGUUGGACCUAUUGAUUCUGCUCGCAAAGAAACUCUAGAAGCUCUUUAUCGCCAAGCUAAGGAUGCGUAUUACAAUGGCAAGCCUUUGAUAGUUGAUGACAUGUUUGACAGAGUUGAGCUAAAGCUUCGGUGGUAUGGUUCAAAAUCUGUUGUCAAGUAUCCUCGGUGUAGUCUACUAAGACAGUCAACAUAUGCUGAUGCAGAGGAUGAUGCAUCGCAAGUUCUCCUGUUAGCUACCGUAUGGAUUAUGAUUUUCUUAUUUGGUAGUUCGGCAUGUGUUUUACCCACGAUAUAUGGCGUCGGCCUGGUUUAUGGAGGAGAUCCGUUUGACUCAGGGCUUGUCUAUAGCAGUCAGUUGUCAUCUUCUGUGCCUAUUUUGUCAAAGUUUAAUGGCAUCCUCCUCUCCGUGCUAGGGCCUGCUUUUGGAUAUCCGAUUGCAUCUUCUGCAGUAAGAGUACUUAAAGGGUUAUGGAGAAAUGACUUAACGGCUCUAAAAGGAGACUGCCCGAAUUGCGGGGAAGAGGUUUUCGCAUUUGUGAGAUCCGAUCAAUCGAACCGAUCAGCUCACAAAGCCGACUGUCAUGUCUGUGAGUGCACCUUGGAGUUCCGUACCAAAGUAGAGAAAUCUGCCUCACGAUUGGGGAGAAAAUGGGUUUACGGUAGGAUAUACCUUGUUUCACGGCCAAGGAGAGAUCGGCGUUCAAAGUUUACAUAAUUCUAACAAAAGAAGAAAGAUUUUUUUGGGAUGGUUUCUACUCAAUUGUGUAUUGUAAAAAUGAUACUAUAGAAAGCUUUUGUAACAUUCAAAAGAUUCAUAAAAAUUGUUACUAUAACGUUUUGUCUCUUGUAGCCUUAUCUUCAGACAGUUUACAAAAACAAACAAAAGAACAAAAAGAUUCGUUCC